AUGGAUUCCAACAGUUUUCAAAAUCCCCCACCACAAAAUGUCCUAGUACUCCCAGAGAACCAAGGCGCCAACCUCAGGCCACCUCCAGCUUUUCGGCACGAUAUCAAUUCCCAAACCCUGAAGUCCAAGAGGUUAAGUCGAACUUGUUGUUGUCGGUGCAUGUGGUGCUGUUAUUGCUUCAUAUUCUUCGGCACUGCCGUCUACUUUUCCAUCGUUUACAUUCUCUACGCGAAGUUUGCACCAAAGAUUCCAUUGUAUGAGGUUGAUCACCUCAGUGUACACGCUUUCAACAUCCAGCCUGAUAAUAGCCUCUUCAUUGAACUUAAUGUGACUAUAGAAGCUAAAAACCCAAAUAAGUUCGUAGGCCUUAUGAAUAGCGGAGGAGGCCGCGCUAUUAUAUCCUACUCGGAUUCAGAUCUUUGUUCUGGAAAAUUAACCUCUUUCUAUCAACCUGGAAAGAGUACGACUGUGAGAACUGUUGUUUUAGAAGGGAACAGUCCAUUUGGCUCAGAGCUGCAAGAAACGUUCAUGAAAAACAAGCAUGCGGGCAAAAUUCCUUUGCUAUUUAGACUUGAGGCACCGGUUAGUUUUGUGCUCGGAGACUUUCCUUUGAAGACGGUUAAUAUUUAUUUAAACUCCUCAGUGGUCGUUGAUAACUUGUCUCCCAAUAAGAAGGUUAGGAUCUUAACUACUCAAUACAUGUAUGAUUUGAAGUUCAAUUGGUAUUAA